UCAUUGUAGUAGUAGUGGGUGUCUACCUGAAAUGUUUGUAUGUCUGUCUAUUUUCCUGUUUCGAUCACACACAAACACACAAAACUUCUAUACUGCUUGCUACUGUCCAUUGCAUUGCGAGCGAAGCGUUAGAAAUGUGGGCAACGGCGGGAGGAAGGAAAUUAGGCGUCGAAAGGUCGUGCGUGUGUGCGGUUUCAAUUGUAGUCUCGCCACAUUCUGGGUAGUUAUAUGUAAUAGAUUCGGGGUGGUUGGAUUAGGACAGCGAGUUCAAGAUGAUCCUCCCCCCUUACUUUUCCCCUUUCUCCUUAACCAAUGCUGGCCCAGAGAAAGAAAAGUGGGUUUUGGCCAAUCUUUCUGGUACGUGACACGCUCAAUCCUCGUCCUAUUCGUACAUAUAUCUUCCUUCCUUUUGUCAUGAGGCUAGGAAAAGGCUCCAGGCGCGCUUUUCCGCUUACGGUGAGGCGCUGUAUCUCUUGGCAGACAAACAUCACAAACAGCGCCUACAGUGAACGUCACAACAUCUGACCACCAACAUUCAUAGCAAUUAUACAUACAACAGCAUAUGCCUCGUCGUCGGAACAAUUGGCUAUCAUGACCUCAGCUAGGGUCAGCAUGUCUACGUGCAUGAUAACCGGCCACUCGCUCCGCGCGUUCCGACAGUCCUCACGGCAGACUCUGUCUGGUCGCAGCUCACGUGCCCCUAUCAUCUGGUCACAUAGCAGAUCAUUUCAACCUCUGCCACUGCGCAGUAACUUGACAAAUAAUCUGGGGGUCAAAUCACAAUGGAAGACCUCUUUUAGUACCUCUGCUCUUCGUCUGGGCGAGACCAAAGAUGGGUCGGCCAGCCCAGCAGCCGUUACUCCUGGCACGGAUGGAAAAGAUCCGAACAGCCUGACCAAAUCUAUCAAAUCCAAACUCGCCCACGAACAGAUAUACAACAUUCCCAACCUUUUGACCUUUUCCCGACUAAUAUCUACUCCAAUACUCGGAUGGCUGAUUGUCAAUGAUCAUCCCCUCUAUGCGUUUUCUCUUUUUGCUUACGCUGGUACCUCUGACCUGCUGGACGGGUGGAUAGCACGGAAAUGGAAGCUGCAAACUGUAGUGGGUAGCGUGGUUGACCCAAUGGCUGACAAGGCCCUUAUGAUAACUGUCGUCACCUGCCUCGCUAUCAACGGCUCACUCUCUCUCCCCCUUGCAACCCUCAUUCUAGGCCGAGACGUCAGUCUCGCAAUAGCCGCAAUCUACUACCGCUAUGCCUCGCUGCCGGCUCCUAAGACACUGGCACGCUACUGGGAUUUCUCCCUGCCGUCCGCCGAGGUCCACCCCACUACCAUCUCUAAGCUAAACACUUUCCUCCAGCUGAUUCUCAUUGGCUCUACUAUGUGCGUCUCUCUUCUGCAAGACCCUGCGGCUUUGGAUGCUGCUGCGAGCGUAGUGUCUGCGCCGCUUCUGGGGGCUAGGGAUCUUUUGGGCGGUUUGGAUGGCGUGGAGAUGGCGGUUAAGGGGAUGAGUGGAGUUGUGGCAGCUACGACUGUGUAUAGUGGGUUAAGUUAUGCUUGGCUGAAGGAUGCGGUCACGAUUCUCGGCGAAGAUGAGAAGUUGAAGAAGAAACAGGGAUUUAGAGGGCGGAUGAUUAUUGCGGGAACGUUUGGAAGCGUGGUCUUGGUCGCUGCGGGAUUGUGGUGGAAAGAGUUGGAGAAGCGGAAAGCGUUGGAAGUGACUGAAAAAAAAAAUGGGAAAUGA